AUGGGAAAUCAAAUAAUGGGCAAAUUUAGGAAAAACAGAUUUUAAGGUUUUUCUGAUAAUCAAAUUGAUUAUUUAAGGUAUGAAUAAUAAUAAAAAUAAAGUGACAAAUGGCUGUAAAUUGAAAGUAAUGGAGUAAUCGAUUUAAAUAAAUUUGCUGAUCAAUAUAAUGUUACACAUAAGGAAGCAAUAAAAGUAAUGAAAUAAUUUUGGUUAUUAAAUAGAUAAUAAAAUUGAUGGACUUUGAUAAUAGUGGUCGUGUUGACUAUUAUAAAUUUAAAGUAGGAGUUGCAUCAUUAUGUUAAAAUCCAUUGAUAGUAAUAUAAAUAUAUCUAUAAAAAUAUAGACAACAGCAAAAACUAUAUUUGAUCUUUAUGAUGAAGAUCAUGAUAAUAAAUUAGGUCCAAAAGAAGUAGGAAUCUUUUUAACUAGCAUAUUAAAUAAUCUACAUUAUUAUGAAGGUUUGGAUGACCCAACACCUAAAGAAAUAGAAGAAAAAGUAUAACAAUAUUUAGUGAAAUGGGAUUUAGAUAGAGAUGGAGGAUUUGAAUAUGAAGAAUAUUUAAAAUUAGUGUAGAAAGAUCCUGAUGUUUUAAAAGUGUUAUUCAAUAUGGGAUUAGCUAAUAAAGAUGAGACGACAAUAGAAGAGACUUGUUAUAAUGAUAUUGAUAGUGAUAUAGAAAUAGAGAUGGAAAGAAGACUAUUACCAAGAGAUGAAAGAGUAGAACGUAUUAAAAAUGGAAUUGAACAUACAAUUAAAGCAGAAGCAAGUGAUGAAUUUGGAUUAGAAGAAGAAGAAAUUGUUAUGGAAUGGAAAGAUUAAGCAAAAAGUUUAGAACCCUCUAAAAAGCAAGAAGGAAUGGAUGCAUCACCUCCUAAUGCUAUUUUAGAUUUAGAAUAUAUUUAUGGAUAUAGAUGUCAUGAUACUAGAAACAAUUUAAAAUAUGGGAAUAAAGGUCAAAUUGUAUAUCAUACAGCAGGAGUAGGUAUAGUAUUGGAUCCAAAUAAUAUGACUUAAAAACAUUUCUUGGAACAUAAUGAUGAUAUAUCUUGUUUAGAUAUAUAUGAGAAUUUAGUAUUAACAGGAUAAGUAGGUUUAAAUCCAAUGUUAAUGGUAUGGAAUAUUGAUAAUAUGAGAAUGGUUUGUUUAUUUAAUGAUGUACUUAAAAAUGGUAUUUCUAAUUGUUGUUUUUCUAAUGAUGGAAAGAGUGUAUCAGCAAUUGCCAUGGACGAUGACCAUUUUAUGGCUGUAUAUGAUAUUGAUAUUUCUAUAAAUUCAAGGAAAGAUCCAAAGAAUAAGACAUCUCCUUUAAUAGCAAGUGGUAAAUUAACUAAAAAAGAAGUCUUUGAUAUUAAAUUCUUACCUGGAGAUUAUUAAAUAGUUGUAGCUUGUAUGAAAGAAAUAAGUAUUUGUACAUGGAAGAAUGGCAUCAUAUUAGCUGAAAGAGGUGUUUGGAAAGAAUAAUAACCUUAGCCUGUUCUUACUAUUGCUAUUAAUGGAGAAUAUAUAGUUACAGGAGUAUUUAAUGGAAACUUCCUUUGUUGGAAAAAAAACAUUUGUAUCAAAAGUGUCAAAGCUCAUGUUACUCCUGUUAAAGCUAUUAUUACUAGAUCAGCAGGUAGAGGAAUUAUCUCAGCUGAUAAAAGAGGUAUCAUUAUUGGUUGGGAUCCAUAAUUUAAUAAAGUAUUUGAAAUUGAUACCAAAGAUUUACCACUUAAAUUGAGUUUCCCACCUAAAGGAUCACCUAAUGUUAUUUCUGUUUGUGAAAGUUCAGAUGGUAAAAUCUUAUUUGGUACUAGAAGAUCAGAAAUUGCUGAAAUUCUUAGUUAUGAAGAAGGAUAAAAAAUAUAAUGUAAAUUAUAUAUGUAAGGACAUUUUAAUGGAGAAUUAUGGGGAUUAGAUACUCAUCCUACUUAAAAUAUUUUCUAUACUGUUGGUGAAGAUGAAAUAUUAGCUAUGUGGGAUGUUAAAUAAAAAAAAUUACUUAAAUCUACAACUAAUCAAUAUGCUAGUAAAACUUUAAGUGUCAGUCAAAAUGCAAAAUGGAUUGCCACUGGAUGUUCUAAUGGUAGAGUAUUUAUCUACGAUGCUGGAUCUUUAAAAAAAUUAUAAGAAAUUUCUUAAUUUGUUGAUCCUGAUAAAGAAAUCAUUUCAUUAGUCAAAUUCUCACCUAACAAUGAACUAUUAUGUGUUUGUUACAAACCACCAUUUUCAGAAAUUUCUUUCUAUUCUACCAAAACUUGGAAAAAAUAAUCCUAAAUACCUAACUGCAAAUAUCAUGUUUAUACUCUAGAUUUCUCUGUUGAUAGUAAAUUCAUUUAAAUAAAUACUAGUAAUUAUACUAUUGAAUUUUAUGAUGUGAAUUUAGCAUAACCUAUAUAAUUUGAUAUUGCCAAAGAUAUUUAAUGGUUCACAUGGACUUGCAUAUAUGGAUGGUAAGUAUAAGGAAUUUGGCCAGAUUGUUCUGAUGGUGAUGAUGUUAAUGCUACUGAUAGAUCUAAAGAUGGUAAAUGUUUAGUUUCUUGUGAUGAUUUUGGUAAACUUAAAUUAUUCAAAAAUCCUUGUCCUAAAGAAAAAAGUGGAUGUAUCAAAUAUACAGGACAUUCAUCUUAUGUUUGUGGAGUCAAAUUUACUAACAGCGGAGAACAUAUUAUUUCUGUUGGAGGUGAUGAAUUAUCUAUAUUUUAAUGGAGAUACAUCUAUUCUCCACAAAAAUUAGAUGUCUAAGAAAUUUAAGAUGAACCUGAAUAAACAUAAGAAAAUGUUGGCGGAACAAUCUUUGAAUAGGAAGUUUUAGAUAAAGGAGAUAUGAUUGGAGCAGUCAAACCAUUUUUAGGAGAAGUUUAACGUUCAGUUCCUUCUUGGUACAAACCAAAUAAGGCUAGAGAUAAUUAGGAUCCAAAAGGAAAUUUAUCAUUAUAUCAUAUUCAUGGAUUUCGAUUCUUCUACAUUUUGGAUGAAUGCAGAGAUAUGUUAGGUUGGACUGAUAAAAAUAAAGUGGUCUUUGUUUCAGCUGCAUUGGGAGUAGAGGUUGAUCCUAAGACACAAUAAUAAACAUUCUUUAAUAAGCAUGAAGAAGAUAUUGUAAGUUUUGCUUUGCAUCCAAAUAGAAAUAUAGCAGCAACAGGAUAGAUGGCAUAAGCAGGUAAAGCAAAAUGUAUUGAUAUUUUUGUUUGGGAUAUAGAUACAAAGGAAGUAUUAGCUAAUUUCAAUUAAUUUCAUUUAAGAGCAAUAGUGUUAUUGAAAUUUUCACCAGAUGGAUCAUUAUUAUUGACUGUUGGUUAAGAUGAUGACAAUUCAUUAGCAAUAUAUGAUUGGUAAGGAAAGAGAUAGAUUUGUACAUCAAAUAUAGACAAGGCAAAAGUAAAUGGAGCAGCAUGGAAGGAUAAUGAAGAAUUUGUAACAGUAGGAAAUAAACAUAUAAAGUUUUGGAAGAUAAAUGGAAGGAAUGUAUAAGGAAAGAUGGGUUAAUAAUAAGGAAAAUUUGAAUCAUAAUUUUCAGUAGUUUAUGCAUUUGAUAAUUAAGUAAUAGUAUCAGGAGGAGGAAGUGGAACAUUAUUUUGUUGGAAAGGUGGAAGUAGUGAUAAAGGAAUAAAAGGACAUGAAGGAAAAGUGAGUACAUUCAUAAUGGAUAAGUUUAAAAAGUUAUUAUACUCUGGUGGAUUAGAUGGUAAAGUGAUCUCAUGGGGUUAUGAAGGAGGUUAAUUGGUUAAGAAAUAGGAAUUAAUUAAUUUAUCUAGAAAUCCACUCUUUCCUUCUGGAGUAGUUGCAAUGGAUUAUAAUGAAAAAAGUUAAUAAUGGUUAUUUGGUACAAAUGGAGCUUAAAUAUUUACAUUUGAUCCGGCCAAGAAAUAGACAAGUAUUGUAAUAUAAGGACAUUAUGGUGAAGAAUUAUGGGGAGCUUGUGCUGCACCAACAGGACAUAAAUAUGUAACAGGUGGUGGUGAUAAGACAGUUCGUAUUUGGGAUAUAGAUUAAAAGAAAAUGAUAUGUGUUAGUAAACCAUUUCCAAGUGAGGUUAGAGCUGUUGAUUGGUCAAAUGAUGGUAAAUUUAUAGUUUGUGGGGAUCUUAAUGGAUUUGUAUAUUUAUUAGAUCCUAAUACAUUAUAAAUUAUGGAUACUGCUAAAACUAUAUUUACAAAUAUGCCUUAAAGAUAAUCUUAAUAUUGGAUUUAAGAUUUAAAGAUAUCACCAGAUUGUAAAAAAGUAGCUUUUGGUGCUCAUGCUGGUGCAUCUCAUUUAGAAGUUUGGACUAUUGAAUAUCCUAAAUUUGGUAAAGUAGGUACUAAAAUUUAAUGUGGUUUAACAUCUGCUUUAACUGCUUUAGAUUGGUCAGUUGAUUCAUCUAUUGUUGUUGUUAAUAGUGGUGCUUAUGAACUUAAGUAUGUUGAUGUUAAUGCUAAAAAGAAUUAACCUUCUUCUAGUUAAGCUAAUACUGAAUUUACAAGUUGGACAUGUAAAUUAGGUUGGCCUGUUUAAGGUAUAUUCCCUUCUGCUGAUUAUAGUGGUGUUAAUACCGUUUGUAGAAGCCAUAGUAAAAAAUUCUUAGUUUCAGGUGAAGAUACAUAACAUGUUGUUUUAAUGAAUUAUCCUGUUGUUGUUCCAAAAUAAAAAAGAAAAGAAUAUAUUGGACAUUCAUCUCAUGUUAUGAGAGUAAGAUUCACUUGUGAUGAUAAUUUUCUUAUUUCUGUUGGUGGUAAUGAUAAAUCAAUUAUUGUUUGGAAAACUGAUUUUGGAAGUGCUUAAGGAAAAGUAGAAUAAGCUAAUUUGGAAGAAUAAUUUAAGGAAGAAGGAGCAGAUGACAUAGAUAUGCCUCUGAAAAAAAGGAAGGUAUAACUUACUCCAAAAAAGUAAAUAAAAAAAGAUGAUAAUUCUCUAUUCAUCUAAGAGGAAACAGAUGAAGGAGAUUAAUUUAUGGCUUGUAAACCAUGGAUGGGAUCAAUCAAAGAGCCAACUUAUCAAUAUUAUUAAAGUAAAACAGAUGGACAUAAACCCCCUAAAUGUGAUUUAGAAAUUGAAUAUGUACAUGGUUAUCGCACAAAGGAUAUGAGAAAUAACUUGUUCUUUUUAUCAAAUGGUUAAGUACUGUAUAAUGCAGCAGCAUUAGGGAUAGUAUUAGAUAUAGAAAGCAAUAAAUAGACAUAUUUUAAUAAACAUGAAGAUGAUAUUACAGCAAUAGAUUUGAAUCCAUUUGAUAAAUUAACAGUUGCAACAGGAGAAUUAGGAGCUAAACCAAAUAUAUUUGUAUGGAAUGCAGAGACAAAGGAAGUGAAAUGUUAAUUUAAAGCUCCUUUAUAGAAAGGUAUAAUAGCAUUAGCAUUUACUCCAAAUGGUAAGAGAUUAGUAGCAGGAGCAGUUGAUGUAGAUCAUUCAUUAGCAGUAUUUGAUGUAAGUUGUAAAGGAGCAGUAUUAUGGUCAGAUAAGAGUGGUCCAGAUGUUAUAGUAGAUUUAAGAUGGAAUACAGAUGAUGCAUUUGUAACAGUAGGUGUAAAACAUUAUAAAUGUUGGAAAUAUGAUAAUGGAAAAUGUUAAGGAAAGAAAGGAUAAUUUGGAAAGGGAGCUAGUAAUAAUUUAUCAGGAAUCGGUAUAAAUGGAAAUGAUACGUUAUGUGGAGCAGCAGAUGGAUGUAUAUAAAUAUGGAAAGGUGAAGCAUUUAUGAAAGCAUUACCAAGUAAACAUAGUUAAAUUUGUGAUUGUAUUACAGUGACUUAAGAUUAUGUAUUUUCAGGAGGUAGAGAUGGAGUAUUCUUUGUAUUAAGUAAAAAUUAUGAGGAAAUAUUGGCUGUAAAAGUAAAAGAGAAAUGUCCAGAUUCUGUUUGUCCGGGAGUUAGAGCUAUCUAUGCAGAUUUAGCAAAUUCAAAAUUAUUAAUAGGUACAUUAGGUAGUGAAAUAUAUUAAUUUUCUUGGGAUGGUCGUACUAUAAUAAAUAGUUAAACAGAAUUUAAAGUAAGUAAUUUAAUGAGAGGACAUUUCUGUCCAAAUUUAAAAUGGACAAAUGAAGUAUGGGGAUUAGAUAUAUUUUAAGAAGAUUAGGAUAAAUUUGUAACAUGUUCAGAUGAUGGUACUGUUCGUGUAUGGUCAAUAGGUGAAAGAAAAUAAGUGAAAAUUGGUAAUACUCUUCUUACAGGUGAUGGUAAAGAAGAAAAAACAGAUUUAAAUACUGGAGAUUUUACUGAUUAAUGUAAAGCUCGUGUUGUUAGUACAAAUCCAAAAGAUGGUGGAUUUACUGUUGGUAUGAAAGAUGGUACUAUUAGAAUAUAUGAUGCUGAACUUAAUUAAACAAAAGUAUUUAAAUAAGCUAAAGAAUGGAUAAGUGAUAUUAAAUUCUCUCCUGAUGGUACUACUUGUAUUAUUGGUUCACAUGAUAAUGCUUUAUAUGCUUAUAAAUAUCCAUCUUGGAAAACUAUUGGUAAAAAAAUGUCAAAACAUUCAUCAUAUAUUACACAUUUUGAUUUUAGUAGAGAUGGUGUUAAUUUACAUUCAACUUGUGGUGCUUAUGAACUAUUAUUUUGGGAUGUAGCAUAAUGUAAAUAAGUAUAAAUUAAUAUUUAUAUAUAAAGUUACCUGGUGGAGCAUCUGCAUUAAAAGAUGAAUUUUGGUAUACUUGGACAGUUACUCUUGGAUGGCCAGUCUAAGGUAUUUGGCCUGAAUGUGCUGAUGGUACUGAUAUUAAUGCUGUUGAUCGUUCUAAUACUACUAUCAAUGGUAAAAGUGAUCCUAAAACAUCUUAUCAUUUACUUGCUUGUGGAGAUGAUUUCAGUCAUGUUAGAAUACUUAGAUUCCCUAGCUUAAAAAAAUCAUCUGAAGCUGUUGUAGGUACUGGACAUUCAUCUCAUGUUACAAAUGUUAAAUGGACUAAAGAUGAUUCUAGAAUCAUUUCAACUGGAGGAGAAGAUUAAUGUAUAUUUGUUUGGAAAGUUAUAAAAAAAUGA